AUGGACGAAUUCUUUACGAAGGCCAAGAAAUCCCCAUCUGUGAAACUCCGAUUAUCACAAGAGCCUGAAAUCCAGCCGAUAACAGAGGAGAGCGAUGUGUUUUCUGAUUUUUGUGAUGCAGAUGAUUUAGACGAAAUAGUUUCCAGAGCUCAUAAAGAAAGACAAAAGAGGCUCACGAAACAAGAACAGGGAAAAUCAUUAUGGGUCACAUUGAAGCUACCCAAAAGUUUUUUGCGAGGGAAUCAAGAAAUCACAUCUUCAGCUCCCGAUGGUUCCCUAUCACAAAAGCCAGCCUUUACGCCCCAAGAUCAAGAUAAAAUUUCUCAGAUCAACAUAGUACGAAACCACAUUGUUUAUCUGGAUCGAAUACUGUCCGAUCCAAGUAUACCUGCCGAAUUGAGCGCUUCCCUCAGAGAACUUCAUGGUAGUCUUUGGCUACAGGUACCGGCCAUGGAUCCAUAUUCGCUCUAUCAACUUCUAAUACAACUUCAAAAACAAAUAGCCAGAUUCAAAGAGCUCAGAAGCAUUAUCAAGCCAUCUGACGCUGCUCGCAUCGACCCAAGCCUAACAAUCCCGAUACCGAGCUCUACUUCGCCACCAAUCCAUGAGCCAACGACAAGUUCGCAUAUGUCUGGAUAUCUUUUCCAAGCUAAGACAGAUUUGGAUACACAAACUUCUACCUCACGACAUGUCUCCAGAUCCAGUAGCGUGAGGCAACGGAAGAAUCCGCAACAAAUGACUCUUUUUGGCCACGUAAGAAGACAAAAACCACCCACCCACGAAAAUGACGAUAUAAUGGAGGAAGCGAUUGUGCUCUCGCUCAAUGACCCUCUUUCAGGAAGGCGAAUGAAGACUCCUUUACGAUCCAGGUAUUGUUCUCAUAUUGAAUGUUUUGAACUGGAAAGCUUCAUGCAAAUGAAUAAUUUAGAACCAUUCCAUGUUAACGUGAGGAAAAAGUCCGCAAAGAAAAUAGAUGCUUGUGAAAUUCUGAGUGAUACAAAGAGGCGACCUCUGAACCCCGAUCAGCAUAACAGAAGAACUUUCGAGUUUCAGUACAAGGUUCAAUUACGCCGAAAUAGAGAUCAGAACAAACCGAAUAAUAGUCUGGAAUAUUUCACUUGUCCGAUAUGCAAAUUAGAGUUCAGCAUCCUCAACCCAGGAGAUUUGUAUAUAGUAGGGGAACUACAGGAAAUUUUGGGACAGCUAGAUGUAAGUUCUAAAGUUGAUAAGAUUAGGAUAUCUCAAGAUGGCAGCUGGUCGUUUGUUGAAGCUGACAAUAAAGAGGACGCAAAGGAUUCGGAGAUAAUUGAAUUGGAGGAUCUAGAUAGUUCUGAGGAAGAACGUGAGAUUGCGCAAAUCAAAUCGGAGCGUGCUGCAAAGAGGGCGUCUUCAACUUCUGCGCAACGCUUUGAAGAUGAAGCAAAUCUAGAUGAUCUAUUCGAGUCAUCAGACAGAGAGAUAGAAGAUGAAAUUGACCGAAUAGUGGAUCAGGUAAUUUUGAGAGAUGGGUCUCGACAAUCAGAUUACGCUUCCUACCCUAAAACGUCGGCUUCGAAUGCAGAAAGUGCACAAACCUCAGAGCCUGUCUUUUUCACAGGUAACGGUGACGAGGAAGAUCCCUUCGUAAUCGACUAA